AUGACCCGGAUUGUCUUCAGCCAUUUUGCCAAGCUAGUUUUCUGUCAUGUGCAUCCUGGUCCAACCAUGUUCCUUUUCAAGUCCUCUGUGGCCCAUCGUCAACAACGUCGACUAGCAAGAAGACACUUGGACGCUACAACAUCUGAAGGAUACAGUGAUCGAUGGAUGCGCUCUAUGUGUAACAUCUUUGGAGACCACCUUCUCGAAGGACCCAUGUACACGUCGUCAGAAACUAACGCCAAGACACUCCGACCCGCUACAGUUCCAUUCUACGCUACGGCAUCGCAUCUCCCGUGUGCAGUUCCACCUUCUGCCGUAUUACAUCUCUGUGAAGAAAUGAAAGACAAUGUCUACGCCGAUAACACCAUAUUACAUGUGUACGAAUCCAUCAUCAGGAUCAUCGUUCGAGGCCGUGAAGAUCGCUCGCCAACAUCAGCUCAAUUUGUCACGUCUAGUCCUCAGCAGGAGAGCGUCAACAUCAACUUCCUCUCCGCCGGACUAGUCUCGAUUGUGUCCAGACAAUACUGUUCUGUCGUCAGCUACCUUCUGCAAGGGACUCCCGAAGAUACCCAAUCUGAUCGAACUGGUUCUCGUUCGACACUUCAUCCUCGUCACACCGACCCUAUUCAGUCUGCUCCGUCACGUCACUCUGACUGUAUUCGACCGCCUCAAGACCUACUCGCCGAAUACCUCACGGAUCAGUCUGCAGUCGAGAAUCCAUCACAGGAUAGAAGUUCAACAUCAUCGGACUACCGUUCGCACCAGAUCGUCCAGUCCCUUACCAACGCAGUCAUGUUCGACCACACGUUCAGUAUAGAACACUUGGCAACCAGAGACAUCGUCAUGGCAGACGCCUUCGUUACUCACUCGUUCUAUUCCACCCUUCGUUCCUGGUUGGUUGAAGAAACCCCGUCGCCGAAAGCAGCACACCUCGACUACGCGCCCGUCAAGAACUAUUCCAUCUGUUCUAUUAUUCAAUCGUACAAAGGACUUCAUGCUGCUAAUGAGAAAAUGCGGCAAUUUACCAACGAUCUCGCCGCUCAUCCGGAAUAUUGGCAGUCAGUUGAGAAGCUCGUCCAGCUAUACGACGAACACCUCACUCUGCUCCACGAUAUCCAGACCGCCAGGAGCACUCUGACUGACCUCAUUUUACCCCACAUCCUCAACUCCAUCGAGGACAAUCGACUAUUCGUGGAUACGCUAGACUACUACACCAUCACUCUAGCGCAAAUCAAGCUCGUCUGUACAGCAGCCACCACGGAAACAGCGUUUGGAUUCCUCAACCUCAAGAAGAUCUGUUCGGCAAUCGCACGUCUUCGCAGUUCCACGUCAGAACAACCAGUACCAGCCGAGACCUUGGAUCUGGAAGAUAUUCCUACUAUUGCUGAAUACAACGCCGUUGUAUCGAGGACCCAAUCAUCGACAGGUACUGCUACACAGCCAGCUUCAUCCACGCAGUCUUCAGCUAAUCUUCUCUUGUCUUCAGCUCGAACUAGACCAGUCGAACCGCCAUCGAGACCGGAGGACGUACUCGCCUCAGCCAACUCGUCAAGCAGUGCCACACGACCAUCAACUACGGAUCGCCGUUCUGUUCGUACACGUCACAGAAGCCGUUCUCGUCGUUCUCGCUCGCCUGCAGCGGACAGCCAUUCAAGACGCAGACCAUCGCGAAGUCCAUCCAGAAGUCAAGCACACUCGUCUCAAGAAGAACUUGUGCCUCCUCACAUCAGGUGUCACUUCUGUCGAGAGAAUCACUACUCGUCUGGUUGUACCGCCGUUCGAAGUCUAACAAGGAGAGCCACGAUAGCAGUUUCUCAAGGAAGAUGCCCCUACUGUCUCGUCGCCCAUACGCCAGGUUACUGUCGCCGUCAAUCGGAAUGCUGUGUUUGCGAUUCAAUCGACCAUCAUCCAGCACUCUGCCCCGUACAGUUACCACGUCGUCAGAGACAUAGGACCCAGUGUCAACGCAUUCUUCGACAAGAUGUACGAUCAAUACAAGAAGUACUACGAUCGCAGUCCGAAGCACUGACUGACCGGAACAUCGUCGUCAGCUCGUUCAUCACUUCACUUUCUGUAAUGGCCCUAACGUUUUGGGGAUUCGGGUUUUGA